AUGUCCAUAUCUGCAUUGUUUUCUACCCUUCAAUUUGAUUAUACUGAUUUCGACCGGGAUGGUCUGCCUGGUUAUGCUGCUUGUGUUUUGAUUGAAUUGUGGAGAAAUGUUGAAAGAGGGUAUUAUAUUAAAGUUUUAUAUAGACGAGAUAAUGUUGAUAAUUUGAUAAAUUUAACACCUUAUAUUCGCGGCUGUAAUGGACAAGAGUGUAGUUUGGAGUUGUUUAAACAACGUUCUCUGAUUUUUAAACCUCUACCAAAUCAGGAGACGGUCAGAUAUUUAAUUUAA